AUGUUCCUCCUCCUAGUGGUCGCCUUCUCUCUGUGCCGCUCACUGCCAGCGGCGGCGGGGGCGACGGAGGCCGAGGCGCUCGUGAGAUGGAAGGCCAGCUUGGAUCCCGCGCCGUCGCUGGCCUCUUGGAGGCUGGGCCUCAACGCUUCCGCCGCCAGCCCCUGCAGCUGGUCCGGCAUCACCUGCAACUCCGCCCGCAGCAGCGUUGUCGGGAUCAAGUUGGCCGACCAUAAGCUUACUGGAACCAUGGCUAAUCUCGAUUUCCCGUCGUUACGCAAUCUCAUUCGCCUCAACCUCGCCAACAACAAGCUGACUGGUUCCAUUCCCGCCAACAUCUCGGUGCUGUCCAAGCUCUCCUACCUCGAUCUGAGCAACAACUUUUUCAACGGUACUCUGCCCCCGGAGAUCUCUCAGCUCUCGGAGAUCCUCGAGUUAGACCUCUCCCAUAACAAACUCGGGGGACAGGUCCCGCGCCAGAUAAGCCGUCUCCGCAAGUUGAGCUACCUUGACCUCUCGCAGAACGAAUUCACCGGCCCGAUCCUGGACACAGUGGCCGGAAAUCUGACAAUGCUCGAAUCCCUCUACCUCUACGAGAACAAGUUCACCGGACAAAUACCGGCCUCCAUUUCCAGCCUUACAAGGCUUGAAGAGCUCAGUCUCGGGGCGAACAACUUCACCGGGGGGAUUCAGCCUUCUCUGGGUUCUAUUCCCGGCCUUCGGAUACUAGAGCUCGACCAAAAUCCCCUGGGCGGCCCGAUCCCUUCUUCCUUGGGGAAUCUCCGGCUGCUCGAGAACCUGGUUCUCAACAAGGCCGCAUUGAAUUCUUCCAUCCCGACAGGUCUGGGAAGUUGCAGGAACCUUAGCUACCUCGAACUGUCCGGCAACCAGCUGACGGGAGAGUUGCCGCUUUCCUUCGCGGGCAUUGGGGCAAUGUCGGAAUUCGGCGUCUCGGACAAUCUUCUCUCCGGCGAGAUUCCGGCGGUCUUCUUCCGCAAUUGGACUCUCCUUAGAUCAUUCCAAAUUCAAAGUAAUUCCUUCACCGGUCUGAUUCCUCCCGAGAUCGGACUGGCGAGGAGCCUCACGACCCUGUUCCUCUACUCGAACAAGCUAACAGGAUCCAUCCCCCAGGAGAUCGGGAAUUUGAUAAAUCUGGAAUCGAUCGAUUUCUCUGACAACUCGCUCAGCGGACAGAUCCCACGUACCAUCGUAAAGCUUCAGCGACUUACCAAGCUGCACCUGCAAAUAAAUAAUCUCACGGGCCCGAUCCCAGAAAAGAUCGGAAACAUGACGGCUCUCCAGUCAAUAGACCUCGACACCAACCAGCUCAGCGGGGAGAUUCCCACAAGCAUCACCAAACUCAAGGAUCUUUCCGUUUUAUACCUCUACAGUAAUAACUUCAGCGGCAGUCUCCCCCCGGAUUUGGGGAAGAAUGCGCUAUUAGCCAACGUGAGCUUCGCGAUCAACAGAUUAACCGGCGAACUGCCGCAAGACUUGUGCAAAGGCUACGGGUUAGUACACUUCACUGCAUCCGAGAACAACUUCACCGGACGACUGCCAAGCUGCCUGCGGAAUUGCUCGAAGCUCGAGAGGGUCCGCCUGCACUCGAACCACUUCACCGGGGACAUAGCGGAAGCAUUUGGCGUACAUCCGGAGUUGCGGUACCUGGAACUCACGGGAAACCAGUUGACCGGCGAGCUCUCGCCGGAUUGGGGACGAUGCGUGAAGCUCGAAUCUCUUCUGCUUGGUGGCAAUAGAAUCACCGGGAAGAUCCCUUCGGUGCUUUUGAGCUUGCCAGAGCUACGAAACGUGGAUUUAUCUUCCAAUCUCCUCACAGGAGAGAUUCCCCCCCUCCUGGGCAAUUCGAGCAAGGUGUUUAGUCUCAACCUGAGCCACAAUCGGAUCUCCGGCGAAAUUCCUCCGGCGAUCGGCGACCUCUCCGAGCUCCGACAGCUGGAUUUAUCCGGCAACAGGCUUCUCGGCUUAAUUCCUGCCCAGCUCGGCGCACUCGAUAAACUACAGGCGCUGGAUCUCAGCGACAACAAUCUCACGGGAAGAAUACCAGAUGAGCUCGGGAACCUGGUCAGUCUGCAGAUGUUACUGGAUCUCAGCAAUAAUUCCCUCUCCGGCCCCCUACCAUCUAACUUAGGCAAGCUGAUCAAUCUGGAGGUCCUCAACGUAUCCCACAAUCACCUCUCCGGCUCAAUACCGAACAGUUUCUCCGGCAUGGUAAGCUUAAACUCUGUGGAUUUCUCCUACAACAAUCUGACGGGACGCGUACCGAGCUGGGACGUCUUCCGGAACGCCUCUGCCGAGACUUUCGCUGGGAACUCGCUCUGUGGAGACAUCGCCGGGUUGCCCGCCUGUGAAACUAAUUCCAGUAGGAAGAAAGACAAUAACAGCUGGAAGAUCACCGUCGCCGUGGCUGUCCCCGUGGCCUUCUCGGUUGUCGUCAUCGUCGUCUUCACUGCUGUGAUCUUCUUCUACCGCCGUAGGCGAGGGCGGAAUGUCCUCGAGGCGGUCGGCCACCGCGGGGAGAAUUACAAAUCGGUCGCGUGGGAGAGGGAGGGGAAGUUCACCUUCAUCGACAUAGUCCACGCCACCGACAACUUUGCUGAGGCCUUCUGCAUCGGCAAGGGGGGAUUCGGCACCGUCUACAGGGCGAAGCUCCCCACGGGGCACGUCGUGGCCGUCAAACGUCUCAGCCUAGCGGAGUCGUCAGACAUCCCGGAGGCCAGCCUGAGGAACUUCGAGAACGAGAUCCGGGCGCUGACGGAGGUCCGCCACCGGAACAUCGUCAAGCUGCACGGCUCCUGCUCGAGUUCCGGCCGCAUGUACUUGGUCUACGAGUACCUGGAGAAGGGAAGCCUGCAGAAGGUGCUCUACGGGGAGGAAGGCGGCGUGGGCGGGAAGUUCGAUUGGGGGGCCAGAGUCCGAGUUGUCCGGGGGGUGGCCCACGCCCUCUCCUAUCUCCACCACGACCACUCCCCCCCCAUUGCCCACCGCGACGUGAAGACAAGCAAUAUCCUUUUGGAAGCCGACUUCGAGCCGCGGCUGUCCGACUUCGGCACCGCCAAGCUCCUGUUCGCUGAUUCCUCCAACUGGACCGGCGUCGCCGGCUCCUACGGCUACAUGGCUCCAGGUAAAACCAAAGAGACGGUCGCCGUCCCCGCACAUAUCCUAAGUCCUGCGGUCGGUUCCUUUGGUGUUGACCAAGCCUGACUCCCCGGGUGGUUGCCGUGCAGAGCUAGCGUUCACGAUGAAGGUGACGGAGAAGUGCGACGUGUACAGCUUCGGGGUGGUGGCGCUGGAAGUCAUGAUGGGGAAGCACCCGGCGGACCUGAUGGCCUCCCUGUCCUCCUCCGCUGACGGCGAGGCGCUGCUGUUGAAGGACGUCCUCGACCAGCGCCUGUCCCCUCCGACGGGGCAGCUGGCGGAGGAGGUCGUGUUCGUGGUCAAGAUGGCCCUGGCCUGCACCAACGAGGACCCGGAGGCUCGACCCACCAUGAGGUUCGUGGCUCAGGAGAUCUCUGCCCGAACCCAAGCUUACCUCUCCGAGCCGUUCGGCACCAUCACCGUCGGCAAGCUCGCCGUGUUUAAGAAGUAG